AUGAACGGCAGGCCCUUUACCAACGGCGCGACGUCGUCAUCAUCGCUACAAUCCCCUGCUGCGAAUCUAGAUCAACUUCCACCCGAACUCGCUCACAUCACGGAAAACUUUCGACCCUUUGGCAAGCUCGUAGGUCGUGUCGCGCAAGAGACGGGCAAUGGGUUUGGGGAGCUCUUAGAUCGUAUGGCGCAACUUCAAAUUACACCAACGAAUCCAAUGAUCAACGGUGUCAACGGCCAUAAUAUGACGAAUGGAGCCGGUACAUCGUCUGCAACCAAUGACGAGAAGAAGUCGUUGAUGCUGAACUGGGCUUGGGGUGAAAGAGAAAAAUACGUGAAGCUUUUGGUCUUGUCGAAAUGGAGCCGCCAAGCCGAGGAAGUCAGCAGAAUGAUCGACUUGCAAGGCUGGAUGCAUGCGCAGUUGGACAAUUAUACAAAUGCGUCCUUGUUGAUGGGUCAGCUGAAGAUCAACACUCAGACCAUGAAAGCGCCAAACCCGGAUUUGAAUACAGCUUUGGAAGUUCUUAGCACUGGCAAGGUUCCCUGGAUGCCGGAUUUGGGUUAUCUUCCUCCCGAUCCGCUUACUCCCCAGCAAAUGCUCAAGGCGGUGCAGAACGUUAAUGCUCUGUUGUCCAUCCGGAUCAAUCUGCACGAGGAACUGCCUCGACACAUGAAGGACUGGACGAUUUCGUCAGGCCGCGCAACAUUCAGAGUACCGUCAGAGUUCGAGCUGGAUGUUUCAAUAGCGGACGAAGAGCCUGCAUCUCCAUUUUUCAUUGUCGACUUGAGAUUCAUUUUCACACCAAAGCCCGAGGUUCCUGACGACUGGUUCAGAUACUUUGUUGAGCCCCAUGCAAACAUUGUCUUGGAGAAAUCAGGCUUGAGUGGACUGUAUAAAUGGCUACAUGGCUUCGUGCUCACCCACAAGAUCAAGACACUGCAGAAACAGGCCGAGGAAUUGAGUCGCACAACAUGGUCCAAUACCCUAUAUAUACAAGAGGUACACCGAUCGUUGAUUGUGCAAUACUGGGUCGAUCAACCGGGCGCCAAGAGCUGGAUCGAAAUUGGCAUCGCAAGCGGCAAGCCCAAAAAUGGAAAGGCAUCCUGGCGCGGGCCCGAGCCUCCUCGGCUCGCCAUUCGCUGGACGCGCAAAGGAGUGCUCGUUGAAGAUUUUCAGCUCGCGGUUGAUUGGACUGAUUUAUCUUUGGAGAGAAUCCUGAAAUCGGUCAUUGCGCUACAUACGACUCACAUCUUGGAUUCGAUACGAAGCCAGCUGUCUCCCUCAAGCGAAACUGCGAAGCUUCCCAUGCAUCUUGCAAUCUCGACCGAAGAACCGACUGACUGCAGCCUUACCAUAAGACACGGAAGUUCGUCUCAGCCGACUGAAAUCAGAAUCGAUUAUGUGUCUGGGAGACUAUCGAUAUACCCCUCGACUGCUCGAUCUACCCAGGCAGAGUACGAAAUUAAUUACUUGAAGGAUAUAGCGGCUGAGGCUGCUCUUCGAAUCGAGAGACAACUGUGCGCUAACCUCCGUGUGCAAAUCGAAAAACAAGCUGAAAAUGCUGGAUGGACGUUGCUACGUCAUGUAAACAUCAAGCCAGACGCUACUUCCGCCGCUACAGGACAGAAGGUUAUUACGCAGAGCUUCUACCGUGGACAAGGUUGGAAGUCAAAAUGGGUGAUAGCAGUAACCAUCAACCUUGGCGGUGAAAACUGGUGGCUUUGUGAACUCGUUGAACCUCACGUCGGCAACGCCAUCAGCCAAGCGGCACCGCUUCUCGGGACUUCUACACUUGCCAAAAAGCAGUCAAUAUCACAGAGCUUUCUUCGUGCUCUCGAGCGCUUGGCAGUUGCAGAAGUUUCAUUUGCAAUUGCAGUCAGGGACCUCACGCAUAUGCGCGUCCAACACACGCUGCGUAGGGAGAAGGUUUCUAUUGCAUCGGAAGCCGGCAGCACUCACAUCACGAGCACAUGCAUGCCUACCCUCUACAUCAAAACCAGCGGGCUGGUUGGAGACAGUAAAUGGGCAGGCGAGGUUCUUAAGCUGCACCAUUACGGCUUUGAGAGCAAACAAGGCCGCGUGGUGCAUCUUGUACGGGGUGAGAUGCUCAAGGGAGGCGUGGACUUCAGGCUCAUGUCAUCACAAGAUGACGAUGUCUCAUUCAACACUGAUGGUACAUUUAUCGUCACACUCAGGACGGCUUUCGGAGAGUCAUUCAUGGACAAGGUUGUCAACCGACUGAGGCGUAUCGAACGUCUCGGGACUUUCAUCGACGUUGUCAAGCAGCAGAAGCUGCACUGCACCAGUGUCAGCCUUUCCAGAUUGGUUUUCCGUUACUCUGGGCAAUACCAAGUGGACAUUAGCUUCCAAGACGGCGCACCUGUCCGUCUUGCCAUUGAGCCGAACAACCCACACCGACGCAUAGCCCAAUACCUUACCGCUAUCCUGAACAGACAGGACAGUAAGAGCUUUGUCAUGUUCGCACGGGUUCUCUGUCCUACACUUCCAUUGCUCUCCGUAUUCGACGCAAUCGAGAAGGCUUCUACCUCAACUCCACACAUUCAUCCUCGCGGCUUCGACUGGUAUCGCGUCACGUAUGAAAAUCCACCUUGCACGUUUGACGUCCGGCUGCGGACUCACCAUAAUGAACUGCUGUGGCACGUCAACGACACGGCUUCCAACGCACAAAAUCGCAGACCGGAGUUUGUUUCAGCACUCAAGGAAUUUUUCCGGCUGGAUAGAGGAAAACGGCACGGCGUCAGGAGUGGCCUGGUGGCCAAGCCAGAUGGAAUCGAGGAGGCAAUCAAGGAACUUGACGAGGUGGUCAGGCAAUACGCGCUUCCAACGCCUCCGGGCGGGGAGGAUGCAGUUGCGGCUCAUGCAGCCCAGCAACAGCCCCAGCCCACGCAGCAGACGCAAGCGCAACAGAACGCGCAACGGCAACAGCAAGCACAGAUGCAGAGGCAGGCACAGAUGCAAAAGGAACACGGUCCCGAAGUCAUCAUGCUCGACUGA